AAUACUUAUCAGUAAAAAGUUCUAAUUAGAUGGCGGGAAAUAGUAACCGUAACUGUUCCGCGGAAGUAUUUGUUUAUUUUGUCCGCCAUCUUUAUUGGCGACUUGGCAUUGUUGGCGCAGCUGGGUGCACACUAAAAUUCACUUUUACCAAUUUGCUAAUUAAAUAGUGCAAAUUGCUGUUUUUGAAGAAAGAGUGUGAUGUAACAAUUCAGUGUAAAAUACCUUCCAUUUAGAUGUUAAAUGACCUACAGUUUUUAAGAUUUAGAAACUACGUUCUGAAAACCCUUGAUGAAUGCCAUAAUUUUGAAGUAUGCCCUGGUAAUGAAAACGUCUACUAGUCAUUACGUCUUUCUGACGGAAGGGGACAACCUUGAAAAGGCGAGACCGUUUCAACAACCACAAAUCCAGGUUGAAACAGAUCUUAGAUGAAAUUCCAUGCCAUGAGAUAGAAAAAGUUGGAAAAAGUCACUACUCUUGUAGAUGUGUAUAUACAUAUUUUUUUAACUGUAUUUAUUUAUUGUUUAUUUGUAUAUGUAUUUGUAUGAAUAUUUUUCAUCAUCUACUGGACAGAAAAAUUUUAUGCUUAUGGUUCCCUUAUGGAUCGUAUUCCCAGGAUCAAAAUUUAGAUUCCCGUCUUUUGAUUCUUAUAAUGUAAAAGCACAAAUGUUAAACUGAAAAAUUAGUUCCUGUGUACCUAAAAAAUUUUAUUUGCAAGCUGAAACUGAAAGUAAAAGGGGGAAUGCAUAUAAAUUAUGAACUAGAGUGCUAUCAAAACCAGUUGUUUUAAGGAAGGGCUUGAUUAUUACUUACAUAAUGGAGGAGUCGUGCGUCUCUGAAUUAUGUAGUCAAGCAUUUCCACGGCAACAAAAUGUAAAGGAAAAUUUACUCCAUCAUACAAAUGCGAAACCUUAUACUUGUGACAUUUGUAAUAAAACAUUUUCUCACCACCAGAAUUUAAGAAAACAUUUACGGACGCAUACGACUGAGAAAUUGUAUGCAUGCGAUAUCUGUAAUAAAAAUUUUUCUUUGGAAUCGUAUUUAAAAGAUCAUUUAAGGAGACAUUUUCCUCUGCAGCAUACAAAAGAGAAAUUGCUUUCAUGUCAUAUAUGUAAUAAAACAUUUUUUAAAAAUCGAAGUUUACAAAUACAUUUAUCGAAUCACUCAAAAGAGAAAUCGCAUGUGUGUGACAUAUGCCGUAAGGCUUUUACUCAUCAGCACUAUUUAAAGAUGCAUUUAAGAACACAUGAAAAGGAGAAAUCGUUUGCCUGUGAAAUUUGUAAUAAAACGUUUUCUCGGCCAGCGGAUGUGAAGGCACAUUUACGUUCCCAUACAAAAGAAAAGCCGUUUGUAUGUGACGUGUGCCGUAAAGCGUUUACGCACCAGCAAACUUUAAAGAGACAUUUAAGGAUACAUACAGGAGAGAAACCGUAUGAAUGCGAAAUUUGUAAUAAAACGUUUUCUCAUCGAAGUAACUUAAAAACACAUUUACGUUCUCAUACGAAAGAGAGACCGUUUGUAUGUAACGUAUGCAAUAAAGCUUUCACUCAGCGAAAUGUUUUAAAGACGCAUUUACAGAUACAUAUGAAACCGUUUGCAUGUGAUAUUUGCAAUAAAACUUUUUCUGAAAAUUCGUGCUUGCAAAAUCAUUUACGGAUGCAUGCAAAAGAAAAACCGUUUGCAUGCGACAUUUGCAAUAAAGAAUAUCCUCGACUGACCCAUUUAAUGACGCAUUUACGUGCUCAUACAAAAGAAAAACCAUUUACUUGCGAUAUUUGCAAUAAAGCAUUUUAUCGGCCCUCUCAUUUAAAAAAGCAUUUGCGGGCGCACACAAAUGACAAACCGUAUGCAUGUGACAUUUGUAAUAAAACAUUUUCUCUGCAACCGUAUCUAACAGCGCAUUUACGGACACAUACGAAUGAUAAACCUUUUGUUUGUAAGAUUUGCAAUAAAGCAUUCUCUGUGAAUAGGAGUUUGAAAACACAUUUAAUGACUCAUACAAAAGAGAAACCUGAUAUUACUGAUGUUUCUGAUGAAACGUCUUUUCUGCAACGCAAUUUAGAUAUUUUUACAGACACCAAUGAAAAAUAAAUCGCUUACAUGUGACAUACAUGUAUUGAAAAUAAUUUUUUUUUGGUGAUAUGUUGAAGAAAAAUCGUUUUUAUGUUAAAUGUGUUGUAAAAAAAAAAAAAAAAUAUUUGUAGUAAAUUUUUUAUUUUCGUUCAAGUUUAAAUACUGCAUAUAUUUGACAAACCAUUUACAUAUGACAUUGUUAUAGAACAUAUUCUCAAAGUCAGAUAUUAAAUCACAGUUACUCAUUUAUAUGAAAAUGAUACAAUAUACUUGUUAGCAUUUCAAAUGAAACAUUUUCUUUGAAGCAAAAUGCAAAGACACAUGGCAGGUUGCAAAUGAAAUCUUGUUCAUCGCAUUAUUUACAAAUGCUUAUGAAAGAAAAAGCUUUUAUGCGCGACUUUUGCAGUAAAGCAUUUUCUUACUAACCUCAUUAAAUAGAACAUUUAUUGAUGCAUGCAAAAGAGAAAUCAAAUGCACGAAUGUGAUAUUUGUAGUAUAAUAUUUUCUCCUCGAUGCCUUUUUAAGACACAUAUACUGACCCAUAUUAUACAAAAUGAAGAAACCAUACACCUAUGAUAUUUAUUGAAGCAUAUUUUUACUGGCAUGUGCUAAAGAGAUGCUUGAUGUUACACCACGCUUGUGGCAAAUGUAGCUUACAGACUUUAAAAAAAAUUCCUUUAAAUAAAAACUAUGAUAUUUAAGACAGAUUCAUUUAUAAAUAAACCAGUUCCUAUUUCUUUCUUUUUUUUUGGCAUGCAGAUUACUUGAGAUAUAUAUAACAGAUUUCAUCAUUCUACAAUAUAACACCCUGCCUUUUUCCAUUACUAUUAUUUUCUUUCAUUUCAAUCAAUAAUAAUAUGUUGCCAGAUGCAUAUUUUUUUUUUCUAAUGUUAAGAAAUUUUUAUGGCUGAAUUUUCUGAUUGUAUUUGUUAAUGCCUUCUGUGGAAUGAUUAAAUGAAUUGUCAUGUCAUUUGAGUUAAUUAUAUGAACUUCAAACAAAGUAUAUUUAUUAAUAUUAAAAAUAUUUUAUUUGCAUGUAUUGAAUAAGCCAACAAAUAUUUACAUUCUUCACAGAAUAUCAAGGAAAAAGUUUUUUGAUUGAAUUACUGUGUGUAUUUAUUACAUAUGGAAUAGAUUUCUUAUGUGAUGUCUUUAGUCUCCUUAAUUUUCAUUUUAAUAUCAAAGGAAAUUUGUAAAAGCUUAUAACUACCCAAUUUGUAUGAUUAAAUAAAUUAUUUUAUUGGUAUAUACUAGGUUUUGCUUACAUUUGAACAGAGAAAACAUUUCUUUAUGCAUUUAAUUUGGUAAGAAAAAAAUUGAAAUGUUUAUAAUUGUUAUAGUGAUUGGAACUCUCAGUUAAAUUGACUAAUUUAGUUAAAAGUUAAGUUUGCUAUGUAUAUAUAAGAAAAAUAUAUUAUUACCUUGCAAGAAUAUCAUCAAAUAUUUAAUAUCUGGAUCAAGAAAUACUGUACAAGUUCCAAAAACAGUGUAAUAUUUUGAAUUACUAUACAAAUUGACAUAAAAAAAUUCUAUUUAUAGAAAUUUCAAAUUUAUUAAUACAAAUAUAAAAUUUUGUAAAUUAUCACAAAUGUCCAAAAUAUGACAGUUAUUAUAUAUUCGUACUGAUAAUGUUGGCUAAGGGCAUUGCAGUCUUUUCCAUAGUAUACCAUUUUCAAUUUUUGUGACUGAAACUACAGUUGUAAAAUGAUGGCUUUCUUGAUAGUAAAAAAAUCCAAAAUAUAUGAUGGUAUACUAUCCAGAUGAAAUGCUGUGAAUGUAGAAGAAACUUUAAAGUUCUUAUUCUAUUAUGACCAUAUGCUCAGUACAAUUAUACACUGAGAAUUACUUUUGUUGAAUUCAAAAAAUUAUGAUGCAUUUAAAUGGUUAUUAAUGUAAGAACUAUGCUGGUUUUUUAAAAGUUGAUAUAUUUCAUUUAUUUUUAUGUGAUAUAUAUGAAAAGUUCGUUGGUAACUUUCGGAUUCUCUGUAUAUUAUCUUAUAUAAAAU